AUGGAUUCCAUUCAUGGACUGGAGCGUAGCAGUGUUCAGUGUAGAUUCCGUUGUCCGGUCCCAUCAGUCACUACCAAACCCAGCAGUCCUGGUCUGCUGCUAACUACCAACCAACUGCAGAUUAGUGUAGAUCUUACUGAUGGAGACUUGGCGCUGUCUUGGGCAGCACAGACCGGAAAAUCCACCGAGACUUGCAAGCCAUUCUUGCAGGAUUUACCAUUCAGAGCAUACGAGUACGAUCUCGACGGAUCAGUGCAUCACUAUGUACGACACUCUUCAACAAUGCAUUACUAUGGUGCUGGUGAACACUCCAGUCCGCUUUCUCUAACUGGAAAGCAUAUCCGUAUUGCCGCAACAGAUGCUCUUGGAUACAAUCCUGAGCUAUCAGAUCCACUCUACAAACACUUUCCAGUUUAUUAUGGUUUGGAUUCUACCACCAGCACUGCAUAUGGCGUUUAUUACGACUCGUUGGGCACUGGCUCACUGGAUUUUGGCUGCGAGAUUGAUGCUAUUUGGGGUUCAUUCACGAGCUAUCGUACAUGCAAUCCAACACUCGACUACUAUGUCUUUUUUGGUCCAACAUUGGAUCAGUGUGUUCAAACAUUUGCCUCGAUUGUUGGACUGCCCGCUUUGAUUCCAAGAUAUGCUUUGGGGUACUUGGCUAGCUCCAUGGGAUACGCUGAAGCCGAGAAUGCUCAAGAGUUGAUUGAAGCUUUUCCUAAACUGUGUCGUAAAUGGGAUAUUCCCUGUGAUGUGUUACACUUGUCGUCUGGAUACACUGUCAAUCAACUCACCCAUGCUCGGAAUGUAUUCACUUGGAACAGUGAAAGAUUUCCGGAUCCUGACCGAAUGUUUCGAGUUCUUCGCGAGUCUGGUAUUCGGACUGUCGCAAAUGUUAAGCCGUGGCUUCUUGCAGGUCACCCGCACUAUGACCAGGUGCAUAAGCUUUUGGGAUUUGUUUGGGAUCCAGAGAAAAACAGUCCGAGUAUGACUCGACUAUGGAGUGCAGGGGCUGGAUCGACAGCAACUGGUAGUUAUCUUGAUUUUUCAAGCAAAUCUGGUCGUGACUACUGGAAAGCUGGUGUUAAAGCAUUACUUCAAGUUGGGGUGGAGGGUAUUUGGAAUGACAAUAACGAGUUUGAACUGCAUGAUGAUCAACACACAUACAGCAUGAUGGGCAAAGCCAAUGUUACUGUUGGAACUGGGGGUCGAGCACUGCAAACUAUGCUGAUGGGACUCGCGUCAUAUGAAGCAAUGAGAGAGUUUCAACCUACAAAACGACCAUUUUUGAUUACUCGAUCCAGUGGUCCUGGUGCACAUCGCUUUGCGUGUCAAACCUGGUCUGGAGAUAACUACUCUUCUUGGCAAACAUUGAAGCAUAAUAUCCCAAUGGGCUUAAAUGCAGGACUGUGUUUGAUGGCUGGAUACGGGCACGAUGUUGGCGGAUUCGUUGGUCCACGUCCUGAAAAGGAACUGUUUGUACGAUGGGUUCAAAAUGGCAUUUUUCACCCACGAUUCUGUAUUCAUUCUUGGAAAGAACAAGGAAUUACUGAGCCAUGGAUGUAUCCAGAUGCAAGUAAUGCCAUUCAAUUUAGAUACCGGCUUAUUCCGUAUUUAUACUCUCUUCAUUACAAGGCUAGCACCACUGGAGUUCCAGUGAUUCGUCCUCUUGUGUAUCAUUUUCAAAAUGACUCCAAUGUUCAUCAAGCAUCGUUUGAAUUUAUGCUUGGUCCCAGUCUUCUUGUGGCAUCUGUAUUUGUUUAUGGUGCAACUGAACGUGAAGUAUAUUUACCUUUUCUUUCAAAGGACCAAGGCAGAUGGUGCAAUGUUUGGACUGGUGAGUGGAUGAAUGGAGGACAGACUGUUGUUGUUCCAGUUCCGCUGGAUCAGCACGGAGCACUGUUUGCACCAUCUGGCGCACUGAUUCCGAUGGACAACUCAAUGCAUAAAAUAAAUACGCAAUCCCAAUCCGUUAGAACGGUCGAGAUUUACAUGGAUCCUCAAUCUAGAGCGUCAAGUGACUUUAUCGAGGUAAUUGACGACGAUGGGGUGUCGAUGGAUGCAGCUGUGUUCAGAUAUCGAAUGCGGGCAGAGAAUACCGUCAAUGAAGAGGUGCAUAUCCAUCUCGAGGUACUUGAAUGUGCAUAUAUUCCAGAGUACACUACGAUCGAGUUUAUGCUUUCACUCAAUGAUCAACGUUGCAUUGUGACAACAGAAACCAAUGGAAAUACCCUACGCAGCUCACCAAGACAGUCUGAUGGUCGGCAAAGUGUUUUUGUGCCUCUGGAAUUUUCUUGCUUGUCUUGA